AAUGGGGAAGCCUUUUCGCCACAACAGCAGAUCCAGCAGAAACGACAACAUCUGUCAGGCAAGUCCAGCCUUUUUGACGUAACAGGGCAAUAUAAGGACCGGACCCACAAACUUCCUUGAAUACAGUUUAAAUCGAAUUGUUUGGAAAAAAACAGCAUAGAAUUUUCGCUAACUUCAUUUUCCAGUCAUGAGGUGCAGCAUAAGGCUUGUUUAUCUUUUAAUCUACAAUCUACUUCAGUUCUCGGGGAGCACGUGGAUUUUUGCCAACAUGACGGCCAGAUUCCUUUUCUUCGGGAGAGGUGCUCAUCCGGACAUGUUCUACUCGGUGGGGGUGGUUAUGAGUCUGUGCCAGCUGCUGUCCAUGCUGGAGUUCUUCCACAUCGCAGACAGCCUCGAGAAGGCCAGGCUGCUCCCUCGCAUCAUCCAGGUGAUGGAGCGGAACCUGCUGCUGUUUGUGGUGUUUGUGAGUCAGGAGGAGUUUCAGAGCAACCCCAUAGUGUGUGUGCAGUUCUAUCUGUGGAACAUUGCACAACUGCUCAGGUAUCCCCAUACUCUGUUGUGUUUGGUCAGCAGCACCCUCUCUGCUAACACACUGUGGGCGCAUCACACCUUCAGCAUCCCCGUGUACGUGCUGUCAGUGCUGACUGAGGGGAUCAGUAUCUGGCAGGCGCUGCCGUACUUUGAGAACGGCAUGUACUCCAUCCAGCUGACCGCUCCUGUGCAGGUGUUCAUCCACUUCCCCUACGUCCUCAUGGCCUACCUGCCUCUGCUGGCCGCAGCUGCCAUGGUGACGGUGUGGCUUCUGCUGAAGGAGAGGAAACAGCAACUGGACUGCUGGAACAAGAAGCUCAAGAGGAAGUGACAUCACUGCAGCGACUUCUCUGACCUCUGACCUCAUCUGACUUCCUCUGAGGGGUCUCUGAAGGACAAGUGGACUGGAUGGAUGUGAAGGGAGGAACUGCUCUGAAGUAACCGUCUCCGUGGAGACCAUUGUUGACCUGGCAUAGCACUGGAUUAGUGCGCUAGCUAGGCAGACAUUUUUUUUAUGACAAGCCCAUGCUCUUUGCGUUUUAUGUGUGUGUAUGUGUGUGUGCAUGUCUGUGUGCAUGUUUGUUUGUGUGUGUGUGUGUGUGUAUGCGUGCAUGCGUGUCUGUGUGAAUGUGUGCAUGUUUGUGUGUGUACUAUAUCCCCACUCCUCAUCCCCUCUCUGAAACUACUGAUGGGUCAAGCCCCACCCACUGCCCCUGUACUGCCCCAGAGGCUAUAAAUCAGAUAUCGGCAAUGCAGCAUUAUUCAGUUCAUGAGCUUCUGGCAUUAUUCACAGCAUUGGAUGUUCAGCACUGGCCCCCCACUGUGAAGAGACAGGGUAGUAAGAGCAUUUCCAGUCUGUGACUGUGUAUUAUUGGCUUUCACAACACCUCAAUUUGACCUAAGAGUGUGUGUGUGUGUGUGUGUGUGUGUGUGUGUGUAAUUCGAUCCACCAAGGUAGAUUCUGAGGUAUUAUAAUAAUCGGUUCCUCCUAAAUGAAGAGGAUGUGGCUCUGUCAGCCAAGUGCCGCAGCAGAGGAGUGGCUGCUGACAGACUUGGUGGUUUAGUGGUAAGGUGCAGGUAAGGGGAGGGAGGGCCAUGUAGUCAAGGUACAGGUAUAGGGUUCAAAUCUCCCCUGAUAUGAGGAAGUUUCAUCUUACAAUGUAGGAAUUGUUGCAAUCUCUGAACAAAAGUAGUAGAAAUAUAAAAACCUAAUAUUUCCAGGUAUCGUAUAUAGUUUUUGGUGCUUGAGAAGAAGCUGUAUUGGCUGUAUCGGGUUGAGUUGGUGUGACAGAGUCAGUGGUGCGUGGCAGUGUAGCGAGAGCCAACUGUGAGAGGUACAGGGUUCGAAUCCCCUGUGACAUGAUGGAGUGUCACGGCCUCAAUGUAGGAACAGGUGUAAUCUCUGAACAACUAGGUUACUUCUGCUUUACAAUACUAGAGACCAAGUCGGACGGCCUGAAAAAGGGCAACACCACCUGUGUUCAUCUCUCGUUUUUUUCGGGGGGCCAAGUGUGUGUUAGUGGUCCUUCUAAUGAAGAAGCUUCAGCAGGAUGUGUGGCUCAGGGGAAUCAUCACAGUCUCUCAUGACGGAGGUGUUGGGCUCAAACCCCUCCAGUGAAGGCUGUUCUUCUGUAACUCCCUGUGGCCCAUUAUGAUUUUUUUUAAUAUUAGUCCCAUGCACCCUGAUACAGUAUUACCCACUGUAUUCCCCACAGUAUGUUUCUGUCUCUGAGUGGCAACACUGUUCUGGUGGUGAUAAGUACUCAUCCUUAGGAAAGUCUGUGUGGGUAUGUGUGUGUGUGUGUGUGUGUAUAUGGGUGUUGUGGUUUUCCAUACUGUAUUGGUAUUCUGCAUCUGUAUGUAAGUGGCUUUCUUCAAAGUACAUCAUUUCAAAAAGACAAAUGGAUUGUGUUUGAGAAAUGUAUUAUAUUUCAUGCU